AGGUGUGAAGGUGUCAGUUUUCAGCAGACCAUCCAGCCAAACCAACAUGAAGUGUAUGGAGAGGAGGGCAGUAAUGUUCAGCUUUCCUGCAACUACUCCUCGAAAUACAGUGUUCUGUGGUAUAAAGAGUAUCCAGGAUCAGCUCCCCAUUUCAUCCUCUUCAUCCUCCAUGCCUCUAGGACUGUAGUGAGAGCUAAACCUUCAUACUCUCACCUCACUGUUAAACUGAACAGAAAAGACCCGUGGAGAUCUCCUCUGCUGAAUGCCGCAAAACAAAUUGACUCAGCACAGCUGGUGCAUCUUUUACACAUCCUGCCAUCUACAAUGUUGUUCUGUUCACUAUUACUCUUCUUUGACUUGAUAGGUGUCAGUUCUGAACAGGUAUUAACACCCUACACUGAUGUAGAAGUGGCUUCAGAAAGGGACAGAGUUACUCUCUCUUGUAACUACACCGCUUCUGUUAACACUCUUCAAUGGUAUCGACAGUAUCCCAAAUCAGAACCACAGUUACUGGUUAUGGAGUAUGAAGCUAUUACACCAGGGUUCACUCUAAAUCAUGACAACAAUGUCAAACGUAUGGAUCUGGAGAUCUCCUCUGCUGAAGUGACAGACACUGCUCUGUACUACUGUGCUCUGAAGCCCACAGUGACAGGAAACCCAGAAACACUGUACAAAAACCUAACAUCGCCAAUGCUAUUUCAACUCUGUAGUUCAAGGUUUUAUUUGACAAUAAUGCCAUCAAGUGGAGUGAACAUGCACCCAUUCUAUUGGGUCAAGAGGUUGAACAUAAUGUUACACAUAACAUGUAAUGAGUGGAACUGAUUCAACCAGAGUGUGAAUGUUCCAAGAGAAGAUCAUUAGAGAAGUCUCUGUCUAAA